GAGAGGGCGUGAAUGAAGCCUUCAUUCGGAUAAGGCUCUGGAGAAUGGGAUGUGGUCUGAACGCUGGGCCCUUUUUGUUCACGAUUUGCAUUGCGAGAGUUUAUCAUCAUCGUCAUCAUCGUAGGGGUGAGAGAGAGCGAGAGAGCGAGAGAGAGAGAGAGAGAGGCUUUCGUAGCUGAGUCCGUAGCACUCCUCUUUCUCGGAGCUGGUUACAGUGAUUUUGCGGAAAAGCCAGGAAGCCAUGGCUGCAGCCGCUGUCACGUCGUCCAUGGCGUCGUUGUCUUUCCGCAGUUCCUCGUUUCAAGAGUUCAAUGGCUUGCAUGCUGCCCCUUCAGCCCGCCCCGCAUUGCCGUCCCCUGCUCAAGGAGUGAUGAAGACCCCAUUGAGGAUUGAAGCCGCUGAGGGACUGGCAGGAAAGGGAGGUGUACGGAUUAGGUUAGUUCGCAUAGGUAGAAAGAAACUUCCUUACUACCGUAUCAUCAUCGCCAACAGCCGCUCCCGCCGCGAUGGAAAGUUCCUUGAGAUGGUGGGCCAUUACAACCCUAUGCCCGAUAAGAAUGGUGAGAAAGACAUUUUGGUUGACAGCGAAAGGAUCAAGUACUGGCUGUCAGUGGGAGCACAACCAUCAGAUACAGUUAGAAACAUUCUUUACAAGCAAGGAGUGAUGUCUCCUCCUGAGCUUGCCCCCGCCGGCUCUACUGAAGCUUGACCUCUCCAUUUAGUGAAAGAGAAACUUAUUUUAAAAAGAGUUUUAGAACCUUAUCGCUACAAUUGCUAAGCUAGGCUGCCGUAGGUCCAUCACGAUCAGUCCUCCAUUAAUGUUUUUAAGCACAAACAAACUAAUUUUCUAUUUAUCUUCUUACAUUCUUUCCAUGUGGAAUUGAAUUCUUUACAA